AUGGUUGACGAAGUUGCAAACUCGGACUCGCCGAAGCGCCAAGCCCACGGCUUCAUCGUAACGAUCUCGGGGAUCCUGGCGAUGUUGACGAAGCGCGGUUCGCGCAAGCCGAAGCCGAAGCCGAACAAGGACGAUGAUCGGAGAAUCGAUCCUAAGUCGGAAAAAUCGAGACCGAAGAAGCUUCUCAGCAACAUAAGCAACAAAGCGCUUUUGCCGUUCGGUGGUCACAACCACAAGAAGAGUAACAAUAAGCAAAGCAGCAUGGCGGAAGAGAACGAAGGGUGGGGAAACGGCGGCGUUUGGCAGAAGGAGAUUCUCAUGGGUGGGAAGUGUGAGCCGUUAGAUUUCUCCGGCGUUAUUUACUACGACGGAAACGGGAAACAGCUAAGCGAAACCCCUCUCCGGUCGCCACGUGCCAGCCCUUUGCCCGGUUACCUCACGCGCCUCACCCCGCAACAUACCCGCUGA